GGAUCUCGGGUAGGCGGCACCGGAAGCGAGGCGCAGUCGCAGUGCGUCUAGGGCAACAGGGGCGGUGGCGUGUAUUUUCAGGUGCCGGUGAGCGACAGAGAUGGCCAGCGAAACUGCGUCUGCAGCCUCAGUCCUCACUCUGGCUCCGCCUUUGGAACAGCUCCGGCACUUGGCGGCUGAGCUGCGGUUGCUCUUGCCUGGAGUGCGGGUCGGCGAAGCCCGGGAGUCCACUGAGGAGUUUAAUCGGGAGGUGUUCUGGAGAAGACUCAAUGAGGCAGCUGUUAAAGUGUCAUGGGAAGCCACCGCUCUGACUACAGUCUUCUCUCGACUUCCAUUGCCAUCUCCACAGGAAACCCAGAGGAUCAGUGAACAAGUCUAUGCUGCCAUCAAGGCAAUUAUUGCGGUGUACUAUUCACUUCCCAAGGAACAGGGGAUCACCCUGAGAAAGCUGGUACGGAGUGCCACUUUGGACAUUGUGGAUGGCAUGGCUCAGCUUGUGGAAGUGCUUCUCAUCACUCCACCUCAGAGCCCUGAAAACAGUAACCUUAUUUCCUACAACAAUGUCUGGGUUGCAUGCCAGCAAGUUCCUCAGAUACCAAAAGUACUACCCGCGGCAGUUUUAUUGGACACACUGAAGCAGUUAUCAGAUAAUAAAGCUGCAGCCCUAUUAAUGCUGACAAAGAGUGUGGAUUUUGUGAAGGAUGCACAUGAAGAAAUGGAGCAGGCUGUGGAAGAAUGUGACCCUUACUGUGGUCUCUUGAAUGAUUCUGAGGAGGACAACCACAGCAAUGAAGAUGUGUUGGGGUUUCCAAGCAAUCGAGACUUAUAUUGGUCUGAGGAAGAUCAAGAGCUCAUAAUCCCAUGUCUUGCACUGGUGAGAUCAUCCAAAGCUUGCCUGAAGAAAAUACGGAUCUUAGUGGCAGAGAAUGGGAAGAAGGAUCAGGUGGCUCAGCUGGAUGACAUUGUGGAUAUUUCUGAUGAGAUCAGCCCUAGCGUGGAUGAUUUGGCUCUGAGCAUAUAUCCACCUAUGUGCCACCUGACUGUGCGAAUCAAUUCUGCAAAACUUGUAUCUGUUUUAAGGAAGGCACUCGAAAUUACAAAACAAGCUAUUUGUAAAUACACAAUUGGAGAAGAAAAAAGAAUGAAGAAAAAAAUGAAAGUUUACUGGAACUUUGGAACAGUAUUAAAAGAGAAAUGUUUGAAUUACUAGAAUUCAGGAAGGAUUUGAGAAUACCAAAGGGUUAGAAGCUUUAUUCAAAUAAAUUAUAAUAAAAAACUUCUCAAACCUAGAGAAAGAUGUAAAUAUUCAGGUACAGGAAAUUCAAAGGUCACCAGUUAAAUUUAAUUGAAUCAAAUCCACCCCAAGACAUCUAAUUGAGCUUUCAAAGGUCAAAGAUAAAGACAAGGUUGUCAAGGCUGCAAGAGAAAGAGAUAAGUAACAUAUAGGGGUGACCCAAUUCACUUGAAAGCAGACUUCUUAGCAGAAACCUUGUAGGCCAGGAGAAAGUGGCAGGAGAAUUUCACAGAAAAAAAAAUUCUUUCAGCUAAGAGUACUGUUCCCAGCAAAGUUAUCCUUUAAAAUUAAAGACAUUUGCAAACAAAUAAAAGCUGAGAAGAAUGUAUUUCCACUACACCUGUUCUAAAAGAAAUAUUAAAGGAAGUUCUUUAAUAUUAAAGGAAGUUGAAAUAGACAUUAAUAAAUAAGAAGAAAACACAAGAAAAUAUAAAACUCAAUGAUGAAAGUAAUUAUACAAAUUCUGAAUGCUGAACAUUGUAAGCAUGGUGAUGAUACAGGAAA